AUGCUUUGUUUGCUUAUUGGCUUCCAUACCACACUCACUAGCCCCGUUGAUUUUCUUGGGUAUUACUGUGGAAAUACUACAUACAAUCCUAACAGCACUACCGGCAUCAUUUACAGAACCAAUCUGAAUUUCGUGCUUGACACCCUAUCUUCAAAUGCAUCUCAGACAGACACCAAUGGCUUCUAUAAUUUCAGUACUGGCAAUGACCCUUCAAACAAGGUCUAUGGCCUCUUUCUCUGUCGAGGCGAUCUCAGCGCUGAUGUUUGCAAAGAAUGCGUAGCAAGUGCCACCACAAGAGUAUUUCAAGAGUGCCCGAAUCAAAGGGCUGCUAUUGUUUGGUAUGACGAGUGCUUGUUACGUUUUUCUAACGAGACAAUCUUCUCCAAGGUUGAUUCCACAGCUGGUCCGUUUAUGUGCAACGUACAAAAUGCCACUGGUCCAGGAUGGUAUACCUUUACAAGGGUAGAUUUGUAUAACGCCGCGCAUCAGGCUGCAGGUGAUGCCUCGGGCAAAAAGUUUGCUGUUCGAGAAAGCAACCUUUCCGCUGCUGUUCAAGAAGGCAACCUUUCCGCUUUUCGGAGGUUGUAUACCCUUACACAGUGCACACCAGAUCUAUCUGCAGAUGACUGCGAAGGCUGUCUCUCAGCGGCUAUAGCACGGCUGCCCACUUGUUGUACCAUCAGAGUGGGAGGCAGAGUGUUCCUUCCAAGCUGUAAUAUUAGGUAUGAGCUCUACCGCUUCUACAAUAGUGCAUCCCCUGCACCACCGCCUCAUUCCUUCACUGGUGGUCCUCCUCCUAGUUCCACUAAAGGCAAACGCCGAAGACCCCUACGAGCAGCUUUUCCAAUUGCUGUCCCACUAAUCGGGGUUGCUUUUGUGCUAUUUAUCAUGACUUUAGUCUUCCUGAAAAGAAGAUCAGGGAAGAGAUAUGCUGCAAUGGCACAGCAGGGGGCAACUGAUGGAGUUGCUGAAAUCCUAACUGCCGAAUCCUUACAGUAUAGCUUAACUGAAAUUCAAAUUGCCACAAAUAACUUCUCUGUGGAUAACAAAAUUGGCGAAGGUGGAUUUGGUCGUGUAUACAAGGGUGUACUUGCUAAUGGACAAGAGGUAGCAGUAAAGAGGCUGUCAAGAAGCUCAGGGCAAGGUGCAGAAGAAUUUAAAAAUGAAAUUGUAGUGGUCGCAAAGCUUCAACACAGAAAUCUAGUUCGACUAUUGGGAUUUUGCUUGGAAGGGGAAGAAAAGAUACUCAUCUAUGAAUUUGUUCCCAAUAGAAGCCUUGACUACUUCCUCUUUGAUUCAGAAAAGAAACGAUCACUGAACUGGUCAAGACGUUACAAGAUCAUUGGAGGUAUAGCAAGAGGACUCCUCUAUCUGCACGAGGACUCUCGUCUUAGAAUUGUUCAUCGCGAUCUCAAAGCAAGCAAUAUAUUGUUGGAUGGAAAUAUGAGUCCAAAGAUAGCAGAUUUUGGCAUGGCAAAGAUUUGUGGAGUUGAUCAAUCUGUAGGAAACACAAAUAGAAUUGCUGGGACAUUUGGUUACAUGGCUCCCGAAUACACAAGGUGUGGCCAGUUCUCCGUAAAGUCAGAUGUAUUCAGCCUUGGGGUUGUAAUUUUGGAAAUUAUCACAGGCAAGAAGAACAGGAGCUUCAACGUAUCUGAAGAUUCUGAAGGCCUUCUAAGCUAUGCUUGGAAGCAUUGGAGAAACGGCGAUCCUUUAGCUCUUUUGGAUUCAAGUGUUGGAGAUUCUUAUAUCAAAAGUGAAGUCAUUCAAUGUGUCCAAGUAGGUUUAGUAUGUGUUGAAGAAGUUGUCAGCAAAAGACCUACAAUGGCAUCCGUGGUCCAAAUGCUCAAUAAUAGUUCUGUUACCCUACCUACUCUACAUUGUCCGGCAGUUUUCCGGAGCCAAGGAUCGGAAAGCAGGGUGGUGGAGCUGAAAGUUGAUCAAUCUAAUGCCGAAAGAAAUUCAGCUCCAAGCUCUCUAAAUGAGGCAUCAAUUACUGAACCAUAUGCCAGAUGA